CCGUGGAAAUAUCGCAAACGCCAACGAUCACGAAUUGCUUCUGGUGAGACAGCCAGUGUACGUACGAGAAGGAAGUCUAGCAUAGAGAGUACUCCGUUCGAAAAGAAGACAGAGCAGAAGAAGGAGAAGGAGGAAAAGAGAGCCUCGCUGUCAUCAAUGCGCACUCCUCGUUUGCCCGAUACUAAACUCGCACCGCUUAUAAGCGAUGUGGUCUCGGCGGCUAGUCGAGAAACUUCGCGAAAGGAUGAUUUCACGACACCUCCUUCACGGCGUCUUUCCCUACGGCUCCACUCUCGUGACGAAGGCGAAGUGGAAAGAAAAAUCUCCAUCAAAAGCGAGCCCUCCGAUCUCGGCGGACUUGUUGGUGGACAGGAUUCGAACAAGGACGACGGAAUGUCUGUUGACGUAGUGCAUUCUAAUGGCUUCUUGUCACGUUCGCCGAUAAGUUCUCGGUUGUGUUCACCUCGUAUCAAGAAAGAAUCCAGGGAAGAUGAAGAUUGGGAUGUUCCCGGUCCCAGCUGCUCGUCCAACCCUCCUAAUGGAAGGUAUAAUGGAGAGCACAAAGGAAAGCUACGACGUAAUGGAGAGACGAAACGGGAGAAUGGUAUUCACAGAAACUCACCGUCAAAACUUUUGUCACCUUCUUCAUCUGCACAGUCUAAUGUUUCCGAAGAGAGUGAGAUAGAAAGGCAUUACCGAGAAAUUGGUAGCCGCAUUGUUAAGAUGCUAGUUGAAAGAGGUUUGAUACCGUCGUCAACUGAACACGUUUAUCGUGAAAUCGCAACUGGAUCUGUGGAACGUGAUCUAGCCGUGAGUCACGAAGGAAAAGAAGAUGACGAUGAAUCAGACCUCGUGCGUUUUCAUUCGAUUACGUUCAUCCGAGAAAUAGUACAUUUGCCUAGCGCUGGCUCAUUAUGGCGUUAA